AGGGUUGUUUUUGCGCGUCUGUGUCCUGCGUAUCGAUUGUAGUAUUUGUGUUUUGUUUAUCGUGUGGUGGUUGUGGUGCGUGAAUAGUGUCAGUGCUUUCGGUUUAUUUUUUGAAAAUAAAAAAAAACAUGGGAAACAUCCACACUGUCGGCCCGAAUGAGGCGCUUAUAGUUUCAGGUGGAUGUUUCGGAUCCACGACGAAGAAGACCAUCGUCGGCGGGUGGGGCUGGGCCUGGUGGCUGGUCACGGAUGUGCAGCGGAUCUCGCUUGAGGUUAUGACCCUCAAUCCGAUGUGCGAGUACGUGGAGACCGCCCAAGGCGUCCCGCUCACCGUCACAGGCGUCGCGCAGUGCAAGAUCAUGAAUGAAGACGAGCUCCUCACAACUGCCUGUGAACAGUUCCUCGGGAAGUCCGUCAAGGAGAUCAAGAUGACCAUACUGCAGACGCUGGAGGGCCACUUGAGAGCUAUUCUCGGAACGCUUACAGUAGAAGAGGUGUACAAGGACAGAGACCAGUUCGCGGGGCUGGUGCGCGAGGUGGCGGCGCCCGACGUCGGCCGGAUGGGCAUCGAGAUCCUGUCCUUCACGAUCAAGGACGUGUACGAUGAAGUGCAGUACCUGCAGAGCUUGGGCAAGGCGCAGACGGCGGCGGUGAAGCGUGACGCGGACGUGGGCGUCGCGCAGGCCAACAGGGACGCUGGCAUCAGGGAAGCUGAGUGCGAGAAGAGUGCCAUGGACGUGAAGUACUCGAUGGACACCAGGAUAGAGGACAACACCAGGAUGUUCAAGCUGCAGAAGGCGCAGUUCGACCAGGAAGUUAACACAGCUAAAGCCGAAGCAGCUUUAGCGUACGAGUUGCAAGCCGCGAAGAUUAAACAGAAGAUUCGUAACGAAGAAAUUCAGAUCGAAAUUGUGGAGCGCCGUAAACAGAUCGAGGUGGAGCAGAUGGAGAUCCUCCGUCGCGAGGAGGAGCUGGUAUCUACGGUGCGUCUGCCCGCCGAAGCCGAGGCCUACCGCCUACAGGCCAUCGCCGAGGGCAAACGCACUCAAACGGUGGAAGGCGCAAAGGCCGACGCCGAGCGUAUCAAGGUCCUCGGUCUGGCCGAGGCUCUGGCGAUCGGAGACGUCGGCAAGGCUGACGCCGAGCGCAUGCUGGCCAAGGCCAAGGUGUACAAGCAGUACGGAGACGCCGCGCUCAUGGCGCUGGUCCUUGAGGCUCUGCCUAAGAUCGCAGCGGAGGUGUCUGCACCGCUGGCCAAGACGGACGAGAUCGUGCUGGUCGGCGACAACGGCGCCACGGGCGAGGUGGCGCGCUUGGUUGGCGGCCUGCCGCCCGCGCUCAAGACGCUCACCGGCCUCGAUCUCACUGCGGUGCUAAAACGUCUGCACCCGGCUACUGGUGGCAGCGCUCCUGAAGAACCCCCUGUGGUUGCCAACUCGACCAAGAAGGUUGCAGCUUGCUAAGCGCUCAGAGCCCCGACACGAAUGCGGUUACCCUCAAGAUCUGGCUGUAUACCUAUUUGCAAGCUCAUUUUUAAUAUAUUGACGUGAAAUAUUUUUCGAAAUAGAAUUAUGUAUGUGUACCUUUGUAAACAGUAGUCUUCGAGCAAUUGUGUGUAGAUGUUAUAAUAGUAUUGUGAUAUUUACAUCGUAUCUCUAGCCUAGCUCGUUGCGGAGACUAUAUCGAGACGAAUGCAUUUGUUAAUAGUUCCAAGCAAUAUUAAUACGUGUAUGGUAGGUAAUUUUUAUCUUUAAUGAAAAUAUACCCCACCGUAUGUCAGUAAUUACAUAAAACGGAUAAGAAUACUAUAGUUUUAAAUGCAUAUGAUUACAUCAACUAGCCCUAAAAGACCUUUAGAUUUUGUACUGUGUAGAAUAUUUGUAGUUUAACAAUUUUAAGACUGGUUUAGACUAGUGAAUACCUGUAAAAGCUCGACAUGGCAACGUUACGUACGAUUUAAAAAGUUAUCCUUAGAAUACUCAACGCUAC